AUGUUUUUUACAAAAUUUUUAAUAAAAGAUUAUAAUAGAGCAGAAGAAUAUGACGAUGUUGAUGAUGUUACAAUUGAUAUUUUUGUAUCAAUUUGCAAAUAUCUUGAUUCUUACGAAUUGUUAAAGUUGGAAUGUGUUUGUACAAAAUUCUGUGACUAUUUACGUUCAAAACGUCCAGCUAUUGAAAUGUUAUGGAAACAUUCAAGAAAUGACGAUGAUGAUGAUAAAACUUUGAGUGGAAUGUCAGAAAGAGAUUACGCUAAAUUAUUGUGUAUUAAAAAUGGAUGUCAAAAAUGUAGAGAAGUUAAUGACGUUUGUGUUUAUUUUAUACCAAGAGUACGUCUUUGUAAACCUUGUUUAGCACAAAAUAAGGAUUUUAUUGAUUGUAAUAAAGAUAUUUUAAAAGCAAUUCCUACAGUAUGCCAUCAAGACCCUUGGGGAAAAGGAGAAAAACACUAUUGGAAACUCGAUUAUUAUAGAAUGGAGAAAUUGUUUGAAUUGUCAGGCGAUGAUGAAAAAAAAUCCAAAUUACUUGAAGAGAAAGAAAAAGAAUCAAAGUUAAUAAUUAAAGAUGACGAGGAAAGACAUAACAAAAUAAUGAAAAAGAUUAUUAUUAUCAACGAUAAGGAGAAAGAAGAUAUUAAUAUAAUAAAUUCACAUGAUAUUGAAGAAACUGAACAACUAAUGAUAGAAUUAGCUACCAGGUUAUCAUUAGGUGAAACUGUAAAUCAUUAUUUGUUCUCAAACGGGGAAAACGAAAUUGAAAGUGAUGAUAAUGGACCUAAUAACGAUGACACCGAAUCUAUUUUAAGAAAUUCAUAUAUGAAUUUUACUUCUUUAUUUUCCAAUGAUGAUCAUUUUCCAAAUCCUGAUGACUCUGAUCUAACACCACCAGGAACAAUUAUGCAAUUACCAUCAGUAAACAAUAUUAUUAAUGAUGAUGUUUCUCCAUUUGGACAUUUAAAUUUUGGCGGAGAAUCCUCAAUUACUCUUGGGUUUUUGUAUAGAGGUUUGUCCUUGUCACCUAGAAAACAACGACAAAAGUUCAUUUUAUCUUGUCUAAAAGAUAGAACACGAACAUAUCAACGAUCACCAUCAAACAACUCUAUUGAGAUAUGGCAUCCUAUCUAUGAAUUUCUUGAUUUACUUCCAUCAUUUAUAAAUCCGCAAUUUUUCAUUGCCAAUAAUAAGAAUUGGGUGAAUAAACAUAUUGUACCUAAACUUUUACAAGAAGCAACUAACGUACAACGAAAAGCUAAGUUAGUCGGUGGUCCUGGUCAUAUCACAACAGUUAAAGGUGCUUUGAAUCAUGGCAAAUUAAAGGACUCGCCUGUAUUUUUUUGUGUUCUAUGUAAUAUACACAGAUUGAAUACUUACGAAACUAUACAAAAUCAUUUAGCUAAAAAAAACAAUAAUAAUCAAGCACAUCAAGAACAAGCGAUACGAGAAACAAGAACAUCAAGAUACAAUAAACCGAUGGCAAAAAUAACAGCUCUUGAUCAUUUAUCAUUGUCACAACGUAUGAUGCGAAUUUUCAAAGGAAUGCCACCAGAAGGUUAUCCGUUGGCUAUAGUUAUUGUUGGAGGAUUAAGCGGCGGUGUAUUUGCACUUACACACAGUUAUUUGAAACAUCGAAAAUUGUCAAGAAAUUUAGAUUAA